AUGGCUGUUCCCGAGCCAGAAGUCAAGAUUAACCUGGAAGUCAGCUACGAUGUCAUCCCGGGCAUCAACGUGCUAUUCCAAGACAAGGAUAACAUCUUCAAAUACUCCUGCAAAGGGUUCAUCGACCAAGUCAAUUGGCAGAAUGAACCCGAAGUCCUUCUCAUCUGUCUGCAAGCCCCAGGUACAUCACCAGCGACACCCGUCCGGACCUGGAUGGAAUGGGUCUUUAAGCACGACGAGGAUAAGUUCCAGCACGUACUGCGCAGAUUCAAGCAGAUCUACCUGGAUCUACAGCAUCAUUUUGCCCGUGUGAAGAUGGAUGCUGUGAUUGAGAUUGCUUUUGAGUAUAUGGUUGAGGGACAUACGCAUAGCCAUCUUGUUGACGCUUGCUGUGGAAGGGCAGCUACUGGAAAGGUAUAG